AUGAAUCCGUUGGUUCGAACAGACAAAAACGGGAAAACGUGUCGGAUUAAUUUAACUAUUCCGGUUUGUCGAGGAUUUUGCCCUACCUAUGAGUACGGAACUCAUGAAUUCCCUCAUCGAAGUCAAAAGAGUGAAGUAUGCGUUCCGGAAGGUGGUAAAUUUGAAAGGAUAACAUUAACAGAAUGCGAUGAUGGUGCUGAUGCAACAAUCCGUACCGUAACAGUAUUACGUGGUGCAAAAUGUGUCUGCAAAGCGUAA